GUUGACCAAUAUCUCACUUUCAGCCCUUCUUCGUGGCUUUCGGAGAUGUGCUAACGAGUGAUUUGAUUAAUUUGUAACCUUCAAGUUAUAUCGCCAGAAUGUUAUAUGCUCUUAGAGGUACUAACCAUGUCUACUGGUGUCCGUCAACUCUCAACCACGGAAGGCUUUCUAUGUGGUGGCUUGGCAGCCUGUAUAGCUGUGACAAUAUCCAACCCUGCCGAGGUAGCCAAGACUCGAUUGCAGUUGCAAGGAGAGCUCGUCAAGGGUGGCGGAGUCAAGGUGUACAAUAAUGCUUUCGACGCCAUGAUAAAGACAUGGAGGAAUGAAGGUAUCCGCGGUAUGCAACGCGGACUAGGUGUAGCGUAUGCGUAUCAGAUCCCACUGAAUGGGUCCCGCCUAAGCUUCUAUGAACCAUUUAGACGGACUAUCAAUCGCGUAUUUGGUUGGUCGAGUACAGACCAGAUACCUAUCACGUCUUUGGUGGCCGGCGCAGCCAGUGGUGCUGUCGGAGCUAUAAUCGGCAAUCCCUUGUUUCUCAUCAAGGCUCGUAUGCAGGCAUACUCGCCCGCUCUUCCUAUAGGAACACAACGCCAUUAUAAGAACUCUUUUGAUGCCCUGGCUACCAUCUGGCGGACCGAGGGUAUUCGCGGUUACGUCCGCGGAAUGGAUGCUGCUAUUCUUCGUACAGCAAUGGGCUCAUCUGUUCAAUUACCGACAUAUAACUGGACUAAGAAUCAGCUCGUUGGACAUGCUAUUCUACCCGGUGACAGUGUGUGGACGUUUCUUGCAAGCAGCUCGGUUUCUGGUGUAUGCGUGUGCCUCGUCAUGCAGCCCGCCGAUACUGCACUCACAAGAAUGUACAAUCAACCCACCACGAAAUUACCCGAUGGGAGGGUCGUGGGGGCACUUUACAAGAGUCCGAUAGAUUGUCUCUGGAGAACUGUCAAAACAGAGGGAGUUCUCGGCUGGUAUAAAGGUUCACUUGCACACUUCCUGCGUAUCACCCCUCACACGAUCAUAACCCUCACUAUGAAUGAUGUAAUACGAAACCUUUACAAGGAUCUGGCCUGGGGUAGGUCCUACGUGUAACAACUUUUGCAUAGACGUGAGCGCCGAGAUUGGGUGCUUGUUAGACACGAGCUCUCGGGCAACUUGCCGGCUUGUUGCAACUCGGUGUAUAUACCUUUUCUGCAAGCCAAUAAUAGGUGCAGUUUGCGCGCGCCUGUUGGCAGGUCUGUUGCGAGAUUUGUCCUUCUGUCCAACUUUAGUACGCAACUUUGAGCCUCUCGUUGCCAGACUUUGUCAGAACGUGUCCAAAGUGUUCCCAGUAAGUAAACAUGAUGAAAGCUUUACCACGUCGCAUCCAUAAUUCAUCAU